AUGGACGAUCAAGUACCCACAUUUCUCGCAGUCACAGGUGUCGAAGAUGAAUCUGUUGCAACACAGUUCUUAGAAGUGGCUGGUGGCGAUCUCGAAUUAGCCGUGACAUUGUAUAUGGAAUCUGGACAACACGGAGGAAGCAGUAACAAUCAAGGAAAUAGAAACAAUAGGAGCAGUCAUGACAUUGAUGACGAAGCCUACGCCAAACAACUACAAGAACAAGCAUACGGUGGCAAUGAUGUGCGUGAAGCAGAUGCAAAUGUGCAUCGACAUGAGACUUUAGUCGACUCUUUUCCAGGAUUUGGAGGUGGCAUUAUGAGCCAAAUGCCUCGUCCACCUGAUAUAUUUGGUCAAAGACAAGAGGGCAUAUUUCAUCAAGGCUUUGAUUUUAACAACAGAAAUAUCAACUCAUACAAUGCAUAUGAUGAUGAUGAUGAUGAUGACGACGACAUUGACGAGGAUUAUACAGAUGCACAAUAUGGAGGUAACACAGUAGAGAUUUUAGAUUCUGACGAAGAGGGUAAUGAAGAUAUUGAGGAAAUUGUUAGAAGCCAUAGCGGAGCUGCUGGUCGAAGGAGGCGACUUAGACAGAAUCGCGAUUCCGAAUUAACUUCAACCCAGAGAAGACUAGCCAAUUUAUUCAGACCACCUUUUGAUAUCAUAAGCAUUAUGACAUUAGACCAAGCUAGAGCAAAAGCCAAGGAAGAAAAUAAAUGGAUUUUGAUUAAUAUACAAGACUCGUCAGAAUUUCAAUCUCAAGUGUUUAAUCGUGAUUUUUGGUCCAAUUCAAGAAUCAAGCAAGUGGUUAAGGAAAGUUUCAUCUUUUUGCAGUACCAAUGUGAUUCAUUUGAUGGUGAAUCGUAUGUAAACUUUUAUCAUGUGGAUGGGUUCCCGCAUUUGGGAAUCUUGGAUCCUCUUACGGGCGAACGUGUACGUAAAUGGAAAGACGGGGAAGUGCCAGAUGUACAAACGUGGUUAGAUGAAGUAUUUGAUUUCUUGGAUAAGUUUUCAUUGCAUCCAGACUCAAACAAUCCUCUAGUACAACACGAAACAAGAAUUGAUCCGGAAAGCUUGAGCGAGGAGCAACAAAUUGAAUUGGCCAUGAAACAAAGUGUGUUGGAUAAUGGCAAGAGUGGAAAAACUUAUGACGAUGCUAUAAAUUUGGACAGUGACGACGAUGAAGAGGCAAAUACAUUGCCUCCACCCACUGCUCAAACUGAGGAAGAUGUAUUUGAUUCAAUAAAGCCAAUAGAGCACAAGGAGCCAGCAGAACAGCCAACGACAAGAGUUCAAAUACGUUUCCCCAAUGGUAAAAGACUUGUUCGGAAAUUACUUCUUGAUGAUACCGUGGUGGUAUUAUUCCAAUGGUUAAAAUCUGUUCUUCAGCAGAAUCCAGAAGAUUACGGUUUGGGUCCAGAGGAUAGAUUUACUCUUUCAAACAGUUCAAAUAAGUCUUUUAAAUUCAUUGAGAAUUUAGAUGAGACAAUUGAAGAAGCUAAUUUGAAAAAUGCUAGUAUCUUGUUGGAAAAGGAUUAG